AUUACAGGUAUAAAAAGGAUGAGCUGUUUAAAAGGCUGAAGGUGACGACUCUUGCCCAGUUGGUCAUCCAGGUUGCCUCUCUCUCUGAUGAAACCUUAGAAGUGACAAACGAGGAGAUCCACAAGCUGGCAGAUGAUGGUUCUGCUGCUUCAGAGGCUGAAGUCCCAACGGGGACAAAUGGGAAAGGAAGCCCUGAGGGGGCACCAAGUCCAGUCCUGUUCCUGAACAGCACAGGAGCUGGGGACUCCUGUCGAUCCACGCUGCAGAGUGUGAUAAGUGGUGUUGGGGAGCUGGAUAUAGACAAGGAUGCUCCCAAGAGAGUGGAGAGUGGGGCUAAGGACUCCCCCUACCCUGACUGCCCCUUCCUGCUCCUGGACGUGCGGGACCGAGACGAGUACGACCAGUGCCACAUUGUUGGAGCUCAUUCCUACCCUAUUGCAACACUCUCCAGAACCAUGAACCCCUACACAAACAGUAUUCUGGAAUAUAAAAACGCCCAUGGCAAAAUCAUCAUCCUGUACGACAACGACGAGAGGUUGGCCAGCCAGGCUGCCACCACCAUGUGUGAGAGGGGCUUUGAGAACUUGUUCAUGCUGUCUGGAGGCCUGAAGGUCCUCGCCCAGAAGAUCCCUGAGGGCCUCAUCACUGGCUCACUCCCCGUGUCCUGCCAGGUGUCACCUCCCCCUGGAUCUGCCCGAAAAAAGCCCCCUCCCAAAGUGCCACCUGCACGCGCUGAGGACAAGUGGAGGUUUUCUGCAGAAGACCUACAGAAGAUCAAGUACUACCUGGAAGAGGAGCACGUGCCUUCAGACACUGCCAGUUUCACUGGUGUCUAG